AUGCUAUGGGUUGGGAAUACCUUGGGACUCUGGAUCGCUGGGCGACUCUUCCAAGGCGCGGCAUCUGCUAUGGCUUGGGUCGUGGGCAAUGCUCUAGUAUCGGAUACUGUGGGACCAGAAGGUAUCACUCAGGCCAUUGGAUGGACUACAAUGGCAUGUAGCAUUGGAUUAUUCGCUGGACCUCUCCUGGGCGGUGUGCUAUACCAGUACGGUGGAUAUGAUACAGUCUAUGGCUUCGCCAUUGGUCUUAUUGGCCUAGAUAUCAUCCUUUGUCUAAGUCUUAUCGAGAAGAAGCGUGCCCAGAUUUGGCUUGAUCCUGAACAAGUACAAGACUCGAAGGGGUCUGAGUCACCGCACGCAUCGGGCAAACAGCAAGUGCAGUCGCCUCGACGAAUAAAUCUCGGUCGAUUUAGCAUCCUCUUGAGCUCAUCCAGAGUCCUUAUCGCCAUCUGGGGGAGCUUCGUCAUCUCUACGAUCAAUGCCUCCUUCGACAGUGUCCUCCCAUUAUAUGUACUGGAUACAUUUGGCUGGAAACAAAGCGGUCAGGGCCUGAUCUUCCUCCCUCUUUUACUACCUCAUUUCAUUAGCCCGAUGGCAGGCUCAAUCAUGGACAAACAUUCCCAAAGCCGUCGCUGUGUCAUCGCCGGCGCCUUCUUACUAUCGGUACCUACGAUCGUGCUCCUACGCCUCAUUACCUACAGCUCGCUGAGGCAAAAAAUCUUGCUCUGCGGUCUUCUUCCCGCUAUCGGCAUCUGCGUCUCUAUAACCUUGCCACCGCUGUACGCUGAGGCCGUCAACGUCGCUGAAGAGAAAGAGCGACUUGCUCUAGGCAGUUUCGGCAAGGGUGGGGCUGUAGCGCUCGCUUUUGGCCUUACAAAUAUUGGGUUCGCUUGUGGUGCUAUUGCUGGCCCUUUAUUUGCAGGCUUUAUCUGCCAACACGCCGGCUGGGGGACUAUGACCUGGGCAUUAGGACUUCUGGUAGGGUCGACAGUGGCACCUGUCUUAUUCUUUACUGGAGGACGGAUUUGGAAAGAGAAAUGA